AUGGCUCUGGAAAACAUCCUUAAGUACGGUGUCGUGAUGGAUCCAAUGGCCUGGUUACAAUUUAUUCUUCAAACACCAGAUAAGUACCACGACUUGGGCCUGUCGUUAUGUUGCAAUCUGUUCAUAAUUGCUGCCCGGUUUCUGGAAUACGCCGUCCUUCAAAGAAUGCUUCAUUACAAUAUUGCCCUCGGGUUGGGUUGCACCAAACUCUUCUGUGCGCUGAUAUUCCCAACUCUGAUCAUUUUGAUGCACGAUUUCAAUCCGCUUUUUAGUUCCCCGUGCUGA